AUGUCAUUGAAAGUUGACAGUAGAGAUAAGGCCCAGGAAAUCAUUGAUAAAUAUGAUUAUUUCUUGUUUGAUUGCGAUGGUGUUAUCUGGCGUGGAGAUCAUAUUUUGCCCAAGGUUGCCGAGACAUUGGACCUCUUGAAGAAGAAUAACAAGACAGUGCUUUUUGUCACCAACAACUCCACCAAGUCUAGAGAUGACUACUUAGGUAAGUUUGAAAAGAUUGGAAUCAGCGGUAUCACCAAGGAUGAAGUGUUUGGCUCUUCUUAUGCUUCAGCAGUUUACAUCGAGAAGAUCCUUCAAUUACCAAAGGAUAAGAAGGUUUGGGUUUUAGGAGAAGCAGGUAUAGAGAAGGAAUUGCAAGAGUUGGGAUACACGACUAUUGGAGGAACUGACCCUAGAUUGACUGCCGAUGGCGUCACAUUCGAUCCGGACCAUGAACUCUUAAACAACUUGGAUAAGGAUGUAGGGGCUGUCAUUGUUGGCUUGACUAUGAACCUUAACUACUUGAAAUUAUCAAUCACCAUGCAAUACUUGAUUAAGGAUAACAAAUCCAUUCCUUUUAUCGCAACCAACAUUGAUUCGACCUUUCCAACGAAAGACAAAUUGCUUAUCGGCGCAGGAUCAAUUAUCGAGUCAGUCUCAUACGCCAGUGGCAGAAAGCCCGAUGCAGUUUGUGGAAAGCCAAACCAAUCGAUGUUGAAUGCUAUUAAGGCAGAUAAUGAGGGAUUGAAGGCCAGCCCAGGUAAAGGGUUGAUGGUCGGAGAUAGACUCAACACCGAUAUGAAGUUCGGAAGAGAUGGUGGUCUUGAUACUUUGUUGGUUCUUACAGGAAUAGAAACUGAAGAUCGGGUUUUGGCUCAGGAAAAAUCUGUGGCACCAACUUAUUACGCUGAUAAGCUCGGUGACUUGUUUGAAAUGACUCAAUAA